AUGGAUACUACUCCGGAAAAGGCCGCUCAAGUCGUUGCUCUAAUAGAAGUGUGCCAAAAGCAGAGUGCUGUAGCUCGACAGGUGAAUAUCAGCCAAUAUUCAGUUCGUCGUGUGGACCAGCGCUAUCAGGAGACUGGUGGCUAUGAACGACGACGAGGAUCUGGUCGAGCCAGAGCUACAUCUCAGGCGACAACCGAUUUUUCGUUACGGCGGCUUUACGAAAUCGUCGUGCUACUGCCCUUGAUUUUGCACAUCAUCUCCAAUAGGUGCGUGAAGUGGAAGUCAGCCGGUGGACGGCCAGAAGAAGACUUGCUGAAGGUGGCCUGA